UGUCGGAACAGCACAUACCACCCGACAGCCCCGCGAGACGAGAGGCGGAUGAAGGGCGGGAACCCCGUAGCUCGCAAGGCAGCCACAAGGAUCGACCUCGUCGCCUCUGAAGAACGUCGGACUACUCGACAGAGACAAGGGUUACAGAGCAGUCGCGCUCGGGCGAAGAUGAGCUGUAGCAGUGUCGCCGGGUCUGAGUUCUCCGAGGAGGAGGUGGAGCUGGGCAUGCUGGGUCCCGGGGAGGACGAGGAGAGCGACUGCAGCACCAAGGGGCCGUUCCUGGACAGCGAGGGCUCCGCCUGCAGCCCCGGGGAGCUGGAGGAGGGCCAGGCCAAGAAGCGCAGCCGCCCCGUCCGCUCCAAGGCGCGCCGCGUCGCCGCCAACGUGCGCGAACGCAAGCGCAUCCUGGACUACAACCAGGCCUUCAACGGCCUGCGCGUGGCCCUGAACCACGACCUGAGCGGCAAGCGCCUGUCCAAGAUCGCCACCUUGCAGAGGGCCAUCAACCGCAUAUCGGCUCUGUCGGUGUUCCUGAGCUCCAACCCUCCUAGCAAGUCCUGCAGCCACUGGGAGUGCCACCGGCCCACCGGAGGGCCCUCGGGGAUGGGGGCCUCACGGCUCGACCCUUCCAGGGUUAGGAUCCCUCACGUGGAGACGCAGAACUACAACGUCCCCUGGCCCACGACCACGUCUCAUCCGAUGCAGGGCCAGCCGGACCCUCGCAGGCUUCCCGCGGAAACACAUCUCUACACGGACGGCAUGGGCUCCCCCUGCCCCCCUUCGCCGCACUACCCCUGCAACCCCUCCGAGAGCCAGCUCUACGCCUCGCACGGACACUGUGGGAGCCCCCCGGACCGGCCGCCCAGCCCUGUGAGGUACGCCCAGGUGGUGGGGGAGGGGCUGGGCUACCAGCCAGGAGUGUGGGCCUCCUGUGCCCAGGGCUACAUGGACACUUUUGUGGAGCCCGCUCCAGCCAUGAGUCUGCCCUGGCAGAUGGGCUACCUCCAGGAUCCAGGUCCACAGUACAGCCUCCCCUUGCUCUGACACACAGGUGGGACCAGACACAUCCAGCACCGUCACCAGCAAACUGUCCAAUGAACUCAGGGGAAGAAAAGACUGAUGUGAGGUUCCCGUGUUCCAACUUCUCUGAAAUCAAAUCAGUAUUAUCUCAGGGCACACCAGAGACAUUGAUCUAAAUGUGCUUUAUGCUACUGUACAUGAAUAAAAUGGCAAUCCAGACUGUCGAAUGUUCUAUGAAAUUGCUGUUAGUACCUACUUUUUAGAAAUCAUAAAUCCGAUGAAUGUACCUUUUAUCCAUCUUAGACUUUCAAGUUUACACUUUGCCUUUGUGGUUUAUCGAGUCAGAAUGGGUGA